UCGUGUUAGCGAGCUAACUCGGCUAACGAUGACUGAAAAUACGCAAGGAGGAACCUGAAGCUAGCCUGGCUGUUGUCAAGAUGCUCACUUGGCCCAGCUGCCACGUAACACAGCUAGUUAACGGUGUAUGCUAGCUUUCUAAAUCUAAGCCGCCUAGCCAUACUUUCUGGAGGCAGUGAGCUAAUAAGUCCGUUGCCCAUCAUGGCAGAUGAUGAUUUCACCACAGCAGACUCUGGGGCUUCUGCAACAUACCCCAUGCAGUGCUCUGCACUGAGGAAGAACGGCUAUGUCAUGCUGAAAGGACGUCCCUGUAAGAUCGUUGACAUGUCUACCUCUAAGACUGGCAAGCAUGGGCAUGCCAAGGUUCACCUUACUGGACUUGACAUCUUUACUCAGAAGAAACUAGAAGAUAUCUGCCCAUCUACCCAUAAUAUGGAUGUUCCAAAUGUAAUGAGGAAAGACUACCAGGUAAUUGAUGUCUCAGAUGGUUUCUUGGCCCUAAUGGAUGACAACGGAGAAACCAGAGAAGACCUUAAAGUGCCAGAUGGUGACCUGGGUAAAGAAAUUGAGAGGAGGUUCAACAGUGGAGAACAGUUUAUGGUCUCUGUGCUGAGUGCUAUAGAUGAAGAGCAUGUAAUCGGCACCAAGACCAUGGCUUCUUAAUACGUCCAGGACAACGAUUGAGACCUCGCAUUAUUAUUCUCCAUUAUGGUUUCAAGCCUCACCAAAGCUACUGGCCUUCACCCCACAUCUCCACCAGUUUCCCUGCUGGUCAAGUAAAGUCUGGAAACCGGACUGGCUCAGCUUCUUAGCUGUACCUCGGGCUCAGGGCUGACUGGCAUUCUCUUCAAUCAAUGAAGUUAUCCACCCUAAGCCAUCACAGCUUAACUUUGCAAAAGAUACUUGUAUUAUUCCAGGAAUUCCUUACAAUAUUCCAGCAAUUCAUAACAUUCCUUUUAGAGUUUGAGUGAUAUGUGCAUUACUCUUUAAAUCACUCUUUCGUUUUUGAGCCGGCUGUGAACAUUUUUCAAAGCUCAGUCAUAGUUAAGAUGCUGCACCUUUUGUUCAGCGUACAUUCCCUCUUACAUGACUUUAUCUCCACUUACAUUACAUCUCAAGUAAGCUCCAGCUCUACUUGGUACACAGUUCAGAGACCCUAAAAGCAUAUAACUUCAUUGAUAGCCAGAAUUUGCCUUUCUGCCUUUGACAGUUAACACAUAUGCAUUUACAUGCACUUUUAGGAUUGACUUAUAUGCACAUGCCUUAGCAGUUAUAAAUUUAUGUAAACAGCUAAAUUUAAUUUACUCUGCACUUCAGUUGCAGAUCUUGUGGCAAGCUCUCUACUGCAUCUAGUCCAGGUCUCAUUAAGAUUGGCCUUUUCUAGCAGGGAACUCUGCUGUUUCAGCUGUUCUGAAGCCGAACAGGCCUGGACAGGGGUGGUUGGGUGGGGCCAUUUUCUCUUCUAUGCUAUGAAACUUUUUCCUUUCACUUGAGGCCUUUAUGAGCUGACAAAUGUAUAGAAAAGGAUUUCGAAAGAACAAAACACUGAAAACCUUUACUAUUAUAGUCAUAAAACAAUUUUAUCUUGAAGCUUAAUUUCAAUAGUUUUUAGCAUUAUUACAAUGCUACUGAUAUUGAUGCCUCUUGGCACUUAAUAGUGGAAACUAAACUAUUUUAAAUCUUAUAUGAUGUAGCCAAAACUAGGUGGUAGUUAAGCUGCAGGUUAUCCAAGUCUUAUUGUGAUGGGAUACAUUGGUGCCCAAGAACAGAUUAGCAGUUACCAUUGAGCUAUAUUUUGGCUUGUGGGUGGGGAAGUGGAAAGUAAAUUCGGGGGUGGUUAGUCUGUUUACAGUUAAAUGGGAUUGUUAAGGGGUUUGUGCAGAGUUUGUACACUAAAGCGGAUCGUGGCUCACAUGGAUUUUUACAAAAUCAUGCUAAAUGGUUAUUAUUUAGGUUUACGUCCACACACACAAAAAAAACCGUUACUGAGAGAUAAAGGCAAAGGCAGGAAAUCAGAAUGCUUUUACAUGCACUGCAUUAACGUGGUUGCUGUAGAACCUGCACUUAUGUGCAGGUUGUCAGUUUUCUCCCCUACCUCCUACCAUAAAAUUAAAACUGAGUGGCAUAUUUUAAAUGUAUUAGCAAUAUGUUUAAAGCACUGCAGCCUGAGUGUUUCCUGUUUUCUGAUCAGAGCAUUUGGACUGAUGGUGCAGUGAGAGGACACUAGUGAAGAAGGCAAUUUUCAUGAGAGCAUGUGUUAAGAAAUUUACAAAUAACCUGCUGUUCCGCUGUGAAAAUGACUUAUUUAGAACUGUUUGUUUUAUUGUAAGUUUUAGUCUGACUUUGGAUUUUGACUAUAAGGAUGCACUAUUAUGAGUUAUAUGAUAUUGUCAACUUCUGCACUUCUGUCACAGCAGUACUUUUCCUAAUUCAAAUUUUGUCCACGAGCCUAUGCUCUUGUAAAAAAAAACCUGUUAGAAACUCAGUUAAAUGUACACAUGGUCAAGAAAUCUGAUUUCUUUUGCAGAAAUCCCUCAACACUUUACAACUGGGAAAGGAAGUGUUUACAUGACACUUACGAGAUCAGGUUGCUUCUAGAAGUUGAUAAUAAUCAGAUUACUUAAUUGCUUGUAAACACACAGAUUGUAAUAUUGACAUUAGAAGGUAUUCUGUUUAGCUUUCAAGUUGUCCUUUGUACGGCAGCCGGUCUGUUAUUUUUGUUCUGACUUAAGUCCACCUAAAGUAUUUUUUACUUCUGUCAAGACACCAAAGUAAUUCACUGGGUGUUGCAUUGUGUAUUAAGUUCUACAUUAAUUUUUUUUCUCAUCAUUCCAGUCCUGUUUAGUGUGUGGUGUAUCCCCUGAAUAGCAUAAUGUUAGGAGCUGUGGCAUUACAACAGUGGCUUCCAACUUUGGCUUUUCCCUCUAGCCAUCUAGAUUUUCACUUGUGGUACAAAACAGCACAACAGCAGUACUCUGGACUGCAAGGCCCAAAGGUGGAAGCCACAUGACUGUCUGCAGUCAGUGCACUAAUGGUACAUCUAAUUUUGAGAAUUCCUUUAUUCAAGCAGAGCAAAAAGAAAAAAAAAUGACUAGUAAAUGAAUGCUCUAAAGACAGCAGUAUAGUAGAGACUUGUGUUGCUCCCUGCAGGCCAUUGUAUACACAUUUGCUGAGUUGAGCUGACUGUCAUUCUAUGCCAAAUGGGGGCACAUGCAAGACAACUUGAAGUCGUCCUGCAACUUCAGCCUACAACGUCUCAGCCUGAUUUUAUCAUUCUCGGGGAGCAGUAAGUCUGAAGGAUGUGAGUAACAUAAAACAAUUCAUAUGCAAAUUGCAGGAAAUGCUGUUAUGGGGCAGGAAACAAAGCUGUACAAAAGUUAAACUAGUUUGUCCAGUGAGCCAGUACACUGUGGCACAAUUCUCUGUCCAUUAUUUUGGUUGCAAGCAUGCCACUGUGCCUGUAAAAACCAGAUAAAUAUCCAGUCCAUAGUGAAAUUUAAUAGUAACGAAAAGAGGUUUUUAUGCUAAAAUUUCACCCUCCAUCUCCACAGCUCUAACAGAAGAUGACAGUCUUCCUUAAGCCAUAUUUUUGCCCCGUUACAUUUGUCUAUAACCAAGGUCAAACGCAGGAAAAUCGACUAAUUUCUCACCCUCAGUUCCCUCCAGUUAUGGAGCCGCUCCUGCCUCUGAAAUGUAGCACUAAUUACUACCACACACACACAGUGAUGCUCGACCUUUAACUGUCUUAAAAGGUGUCUCUCAUACAGAGACAGGUAACAGGACUGACCUCUGAUUCCGUUUGAGAAAAUGUUUACACUGUAAAGGGAGAUGGCCUUGUCCUUGUUGGCUUCACGUGCUGAUCUAGGAUCUGGUCUCCAAGGGCAAAAUGUAUGAUGUCAGUUUCAUGAGGACAGAUUUUCUCAGGGCUCCAAACGGAGUAUUAGGAGAUGUGUUACUUUAAUGGUGUCAGUAGUGAGGAUAAUAAAUGACAUUAUUUGCAUGAUUUUUAUUUUGAUUAAUUUGUCCCAGAAGUCUAUACAGUUCUGGUGUUGGAGAAUGUUAAAUGUCCUGUUUUUUUUUCCUUAGUCCUCUCUGGCACCUCCCAUAAGAGACAUUGUCUGCUUCACGUUUUCUCUCUGUCUUUUAACUCUGCUACUUCAUUAUUCUUGCAGGAAACAGUGGUUUGUAUGUUUAGACCACAGCUAUAGUGUAUUAUGUUAAAAAAGAGAAUAGGGGAAUUCACCUUGUAUACUGUGUUCAUUGUAUAUUCUGAGCAAGGGGGUUAAGGGUAUUUCCCCUUGUUGGCACAGGUCUCUUUCUUUCUUCAGUGUUGGAUCUAAACAGCCUCCAGGGAAAAUCUGACCUUGAAACUCUGCUGGAACAUAAAGAAACAAGGAGUUCUCUAUUCUCUGUUUUAACCAAUGUACAGCUGCUGUCAAAAAAAAAAAAAAAAUCACAACUGUUUUUAUUGA